AUGUCUAUCAUAUCAAUAUAUUCUUUACCAGUUGCUAAUAUUGUUAAUGCAAUUUAUUUAACGGGUAGUUCUUUUACAAAAAUAAAUUUAACAACAUCAAAUGCAUGUAUGUGUUCUUGUAUUCUUCAUCCACAUUGUCUUUCGAUUAGUGUUAUGAAAAUAUCAAAUAAUACAUAUUAUUGUCAACUAUUUGCAACAUAUCCAAUAAAAAGUUCUCAAUUAUCAUCAUCAUUAACAUCAAAUGUAACUAUUUAUACUGAUCGAACACUUAAAUCAGUUUAUAUUGAUAAUGGAACAUAUUUAUCAAAUCCUACAAAUCUAUUUUUCAAUACAAAAAAUCCAUGGAUACCUGUUUUUAAAUUAUAUACGGGAAAUAAUCAAUCAUUUCUAUGGUUAAAUUCAAGUAAUUUAACUACAUUAACAAAUAUUCCAAAUAUUUCAAUUAAUCAAACAAUGUUUCAUUGGUUUAAUAUUUUAAUUUCUCAAUGGAAUCAAAUGUUAUACAUACCAGAUCAAAUAGCUAUUGCAUUUAUUGUUAAUCAUACAAUUAUUUUUGAUUUUCUUAUCUUUAAUGCUUCACAAACAACUAUAUUAAAUUGGUUUUCAACAAAAAGUCUUCUUUCAAAUCAAUAUUGGAAUAUAUCACAAUAUCGAAAUAUACCAAUCAGUUCAAUACAAGUCAAAUCAAUUUAUUCAGAUAAUGAUUGUAUAAGAUCAUUUAACUAUAAUUUUAAAUUUUCAACAAGUGGGUGUAAUCAAGAUUUUUACGGAUUCUUUUUUGUUUAUGGUGGUUAUAAAGAUUUAUGUAUUGCCGCCAAUCAAAAUAUGUCACAAGUAUCUAUCCCAUCUAUUUAUUUUAGUCCAACAAUAAAUUAUACUAAUGGUAGUCUUUAUAAUUUUAAGAUUGCUGAUGGUCUGAUGGGUUUCGUUCGAUGA